CUCUCAAGCUGUCACGCCAAAAGUACCUACGCUUCACCGCAGAGCAUCUUCGACCUGUUGCUGUUGUAGAAAAGUAGCAGUGACAGCAAAAAAACAACUUAAUUUGGAAUGCCAUGAUUUGUAUUUCGUAGACCAAAAUAAUUUUAUGUAACAAUAGAGCGGUUGGUUUGGAGAAUAUCCUCUAAUCGAGGCGUCUCCGUUUGCGUUUCUAGUUUUGAUACCUUUCGCCGGUGGGUUCGAGGCUGAAGCGUGGACAAUGGUUGAGCUCGAGAAGGAGGUACUCCCGCUACCGCCACGGUACCGGUUCCGAGACCUGUUGCUCGGUGACUGGCAGGCAGACGACAGGGUGCAGGUCGAGUUCUAUGUGAAUGAAAACACGUUCAAGGAGCGUCUCAAGCUGUUCUUCAUCAAAAACCAAAGAUCCAGUCUGAGGGUGCGCAUGUUCAACUUCUCUCUGAAAGUGCUGAGCUGUUGCCUGUACAUCGUCAGAGUCCUGCUGGACAACCCACAGGAGCAGAGACAAGACUGUAGCGAUUGUCCGAAGCAGAACGCGUCGAGCCGUCCCCGGAGUGAGUUUGACUGGACCCUUAUAAUCUGGGUGGAGAGGCCGCUUCCUCUCUGGGCUCUACAGGUGCUCGUGGCUUUCAUCAGUUUCUCUGAGACCAUGUUGCUGGUGUAUCUCAGCUACAAGGGCAACGUUUGGGAGCAAGUGUUGCGUGUUCCCUUCAUUCUGGAGAUGAUCAGCGCGGUUCCCUUCGUGAUCACUGUGAUUUUGCCCUCCGUUAGAAACCUCUUCAUCCCCGUGUUUCUAAACUGCUGGUUGGCCAAACACGCCUUGGAGAACAUGAUCAACGAUUUGCACCGGGCAAUUCAGCGGACCCACUCUGCCAUGUUUAACCAGGUCCUCAUUCUCAUCAGCACUCUGGUUUGCCUCAUGUUCACCUGUAUCUGUGGGAUCCAGCAUCUGGAGCGCGCGGGGAACAACCUGACCCUGUUUGACUCUCUGUACUUCUGCGUGGUCACCUUCUCCACGGUGGGCUUCGGAGACGUCACCCCACAGAUCUGGCCUUCACAGCUGCUGGUGGUCAUCAUGAUCUUCGUGGCCCUCAUCGUGCUUCCCAUCCAGUUUGAACAGCUGGCCUUCCUGUGGAUGGAGAGACAGAAGUCUGGUGGGAACUACAGCCGCUACCGGGCUCAGACGGAGAAGCACGUGGUGCUGUGUGUCAGCUGCCUUAAAAUCGACCUCCUCAUGGACUUCCUCAACGAGUUCUUCGCUCAUCCCAGGCUGCAGGACUACUAUGUGGUGAUCCUGUGCCCAGCGGAGAUGGAUGUCCAGGUGCGGAGGGUCCUGCAUGUCCCCCUGUGGGCCCAGAGGGUCAUCUACCUGCAGGGGUCGGCCCUCAAGGACCAGGACCUCAUGAGGGCCAAGAUGGACGACGCUGAGGCAUGCUUUAUCCUCAGUAACCGCUUCGAGGUGGAUCGCUUUGCCGCUGACCACCAGACCAUUCUGAGAGCCUGGGCGGUGAAGGACUUUGCCCCAAACUGCCCCUUAUACGUCCAGAUCCUCAAGCCUGAGAACAAGUUCCAUGUCAAGUUCGCAGAUCAUGUGGUGUGUGAAGAGGAGUUCAAGUACGCCAUGCUGGCCCUGAACUGUGUGUGUCCAGCCACCUCCACCCUGAUUACCCUCUUGAUCCACUCCUCCAGAGGACAAACAGUGCCCCCAGAGGCCUUCAAGCAACGUGCAAGAGUCUUCCAGCCCCUCAUCAGGGAGGGCGGAGCCUGCUCAGCUGACCAGUGGCAGCGCACGUACCGCCGCUGCUCAGCCAAUGAGGUGCAUCACAUCCGCCUGGAGGAGAGCAAAUUUUUCGGAGAGUACCAGGGGAAGAGUUUCACGUUUGCCUCCUUUCAUGCGCAUAAGAAAUACGGUGUGUGUCUGAUCGGCGUGCGCAGGCUCGACACCACCAACAUCCUCCUCAACCCCGGCCCCUGUCACAUCAUGGGGGGCUCCGACACCUGCUUCUACAUCAACAUUUCCAAGGAGGAGAACUCUGCCUUCGUCAGAGGCCAGAGGGAGCCCUCCAGGGGGGGGCCAGGGGGCAGCAGCCGGGGCGGGGUCCCCCAGACCAUCUACCAUGGCCUCACUCGUCUGCCCGUCCACAGCAUCAUCGCUAGCAUGGGCACGGUGGCCAUAGAUCUGCAGGACUCCAGUGACAGUAGUCCUGAGGGUCAGGGUCCAGGGGGCAUGGGCCUGGGCAGUGGGGGAGGGGGCAGGAGGACGGAGUCAGGGGGUGCCAACACCUUGGCCAUCCCAGCUAUGGCAGACUCUGCGGAGGAGAGGCGUCACAGCAUCGCCCCAGUCCUGGAGCUGGUGGACGGGGUCAACACGGCCACCUUCGACCUCCUGGGGGACCAGUCGGAGGACGAGGGGGGGGAGGAGGAGAAGGAGGAGAGCGACGGAGACGAGAGGUCCAACUGGUGGGGAGGACACUGCGAGUGGGUGAAGGGGUACCCGCUGAACUCUCCCUACAUUGGCAGUUCUCCUGCACUCUGCCACCUACUACAGGAGAAGAUGCCCUUCUGCUGCCUGCGGAUGGACAAGGCCUGCCACCACAUCCCGUUUGAGGAUGCGCGUUCCUACGGCUUUAAGAACAAGCUCAUCAUCGUGUCGGCCGAGAGUGCAGGGAACGGGCUAUACAACUUCAUAGUCCCACUGAGGGCCUACUACAGACCCAGGAAGGAACUCAACCCCAUAGUGCUGCUGCUGGAAAGCAUACCAGAAGCGGACUUCCUGGAGGCCAUCUGCUGGUUCCCCAUGGUGUUCUACACGGUCGGAUCCAUCGACAAUCUGGACAGUUUGCUGCGGUGCGGCGUGACGUUUGCUGACACCAUGGUGGUGGUGGACAAGGAGAGCUCCAUGAUCGCUGAGGAGGACUACAUGGCUGACGCCAAGACCAUCGUCAACGUCCAGACUCUCUUCAGACUGUUCCCAGCCCUCAGCAUCAUCACUGAGCUCACUCACCCUGCCAACAUGCGCUUCAUGCAGUUCAAGGUCAAAGACCACUACUCCCUGGCUCUCUCCAAGCUGGAGAAGAAGGAAAGAGAGAAAGGCUCCAAUCUGGUCUUUAUGUUCCGUCUGCCCUUCGCUGCAGGGAAGGUGUUCAGCGUCAGUAUGCUGGACACACUGCUCUAUCAGUCAUUUGUGAAGGACUACAUGAUCUCCAUCACCAGACUGUUACUAGGGCUGGACUCCAUGCCUGGUUCCGGCUUCCUGUGUGCUAUGAAAAUCACAGAGGAAGACCUGUGGAUCCGCACCUACGGCAGACUCUACCAGAAGCUGUGCUCCUCCAAUGGCGACAUUCCCAUCGGCAUCUAUCGCACUGAGGCCCACAAGCUUCCUGUCUCUGAGUCCCAGGUGUCCAUUACCGUGGAAGACUACGAGGACACACGGGAACCCAGAGAGCCCCUGCUAUCCAGGACCGGGCCCCAUCGCAACUCCACCUCCUCCGAGCCCCCCUCCUCCUCCCACUCCUCGGACCACCCCCUGCUCAGGAGGAAGAGCAUGCAGUGGGCGCGGAGGCUGAGCAGGAAGGGGGGCCGUGGGCCCAGUGGCUCCAAAGGAGGCCCGGGGAGCGCGGCGGAGAGGAUCAGCCAGCAGAGACUCACCCUGUUCAGACGCUCGGAGAGACAGGAGCUGAACGCUCUGGUCCGCACGCGCAUGAAACACCUGGGCCUCUCGCCUUCCGGGUUUAAUGGGAUGUCAGACCAGGGCAACAGGUUAUCCUACAUUCUCAUCAACCCCUCCCCCGACACCAGGCUGGAGCUGCGCGACGUAGUAUACCUGAUCAGGCCCGACCCCCUGUCUUUGGUGCCCAGCCAGGGGAGCAGCCGGAAGGGCAACGCAGGGAGAUCGGAGGGUCACAGGUUUGACACCCAGGACAGCACCCAUCUGUAAAAGGGAAGAGACGAUCGCAUGAGCCCUGCCAGAGGAGGACAUGAACCAUGAAGCACAUCACAGACAGGAAGAGACAAGAGAGGGAGAGAGGGA